AUGCCGGUCUUUGUACAGCGUCUGGUCCAAAGGCUCAAGGGGAAGGAUAUGGAACUGGUGAACAGCUUCUCAGGCAGUGACAUGACGGAUGCGAGCUGGCGCCAUAUGCCCCUCGCAAAGGAUUCAACGGCCCCGUCAGUCUUGCGUGCUUUUGCCUCGCUUCCCAUGAGCAUGGCCUUUGAGUACAUGGAAUCAUGCCGUCAGGGUCUUAGUCAAGCUGAGGCCGAUGCCCGUCUGAAAAUCGCAGGCCCCAAUAUCCUGACUUCCAAAAGCCCACCGCCCGCCUGGAAAUUGCUGCUGACGAUUUUGCCAAACCCGUUCAAUAUCUUACUGGCCUUCCUGGCGAUCAUCAGUGUUGCAACACCGGACCCAAACUGGUCGACAUUUACAAUUCUGGUGGUGAUGAUUUUGAUUUCGUGCACAGUGCGCUUCUGGCAGGAAUACCGCAGCAACAUAGCUGUCAUCAAGCUCCAGUCUUCAGUCAGUACAGAUAUCAAGGUGCGGCGACAAUGCCCGAAGUCCGGCAGUCUUAUGGAAAGCUCGCAGUCUACGGUGGCAAUAAUCCAUGUGAAGAAUCUCGUACCGGGAGACAUUGUUGUUAUUCAGCCCGGUGUCACUGUCCCUGCAGACUGCCUGGUAGUAGAAGCAUCGUCUCUGCAAAUUGGCCAGUCAACGCUCACUGGGGAGAGCGAACCAUUACGCAAAACCCCUGUAUCGGAACCCACGAAGCUUGAGAAAGAGGACGACAUGCUCUUCGAGCUCGAGAACAUCGCCUUCAUGGGAACUAGCGUUGUUUCUGGGAGUGGAAUGGGUUUGGUCCUGAGAACCGGUGACGAUGCCUUCAUUGCAACGAUCAUGAAGCAACUGAAUAAAAAGAGGCCGAUCAAUUCAUUCCAGCGGGGUAUUCGAAAUGUGACCUACAUGCUAAUUGGGUUCAUGCUUAUUAUGGUGCCAAUUGUCUUGGGCAUUUCUGGAAAAAAUACUGGAAACUGGGGAAAUGCAGCAUUGUUCAGCUUGAGUGUUGCUGUAGGUCUUGUUCCAGAAAUGCUACCCGCGAUUGUCAACACCAACCUUGCUCGAGGCGCUUUUAACCUUUCAAAGAAGAAGGCCAUUGUUAAACGACUUGAUUCAGUCCAAAAUUUGGGAGGCAUGUCAAUUCUGUGUAGUGACAAGACAGGCACACUGACCAAAGAUGAAAUUACUUUGUCCGACUACCUCGAUUGUGCUGGAGAUAAGAAUAAGGGGGUGUUCCAGUUGGCGUUUAUCAAUGCGUCCAGCCAAGAUCUUCAAGCAAACAACAUCGACACCGCCAUCACGAAGUUCCAGGCUGAAGCCAAGGUAGAGAUCGCGUCAUAUGAGACAAUCUCGCGAAUUCCUUUCACCUUCGAAAGACGUCGUUCGAGCUGCAUUGUUCGUGGACCAACCAAAAAACUAAAGUUGAUUUGCAAGGGAGCUUUCGAGGAAGUGUCUGAACUCUGCACAUCGGUUCGUGAUGGUUCUGAGGUAGUAAGCUUGGAUCCUGAAAGACGCAAAAAGCUCACUGCACAAUCCAAUAGCCUAAGCUCUGAGGGAUACCGGGUGAUUCUCGUCGCCUCAAGAGAAAUUCGGGAACUCGAAAUUGGAGAUCCUGAUAUGAUUGAAGAAAACCUCGAAUGCCAUCUUGUACUUGAAGGUCUUCUCACACUGCUGGAUCCACCAAAGGAAGAUGCUGCGGAGUCAAUUGAACAACUGCAACGCCUGGGUGUCGAUGUCCGAAUUCUCACGGGUGACAACCUGCCAAUUGCCCUCAAACUCUGCCAAUCGUUGAACCUUGUCAGUUCCGUUGACGAAGAAAAUACCCAAGCUAUGACAGGCGCAGAUCUGGCUAGACUUGAAGGUACAGAACAGUUUCACAGUGCCAUUAGGACGUGCAAGGUGUUUGCAAAACUUACCCCUGCCCAAAAGGGCCAGGUCGUCCUGAGUCUGAAGCAAAAUGGAGAUUGUGUUGGUAUGCUCGGCGAUGGCAUCAACGACUGCGUUGCCCUGAGGUUGGCGGAUGUCGGGAUUUCUGUUGAUUCGGGUGCAGGUGUUGCUAAAGACUGCGCAGACGUGAUCCUUACUGAGAAGGGACUGAACAUCAUUGUUGGCGCCGUAACAAUGGGCAGAGUUACGUAUGGUAACACCAUCAAGUAUAUCAAGAUGGUUGCCUCUUCAAAUUUUGGUAAUGUAUUCAGUAUUCUCAUUGCCAGUUCAUGGCUACCGUUUGAGCCGAUGACCAGUUUGCAACUUCUUGUUCAGAAUCUACUUUACGACAUCAGUCAGGUCGCAAUUCCCUGGGAUCGAAUGGAUGAAGAAUACUUGCAGGAGCCGAAAAAAUGGAAUCCUUAUGAUCUGCUUCGAUUCAUCGUUGUACUUGGCCCAACCAGCUCAACCAUCGAUAUGCUGACUUUCUCCCUCGGAUGGUUUUACUACGGUGUUCAGGAUGCCAAUAACAUUGAAGGCGUUAAGAUGUUUCGUACCCACUGGUUCUUGCAAGGCUUGCUCACGCAGACCAUCAUUGUCCAUCUCCUGCGUACCGCCAAAAUCCCUAUCAUCCAAAGCAAUGCUUCAAAGGCCUUGAUAGCAUCAACGAUCUUGAUCACGCUCAUUGGGUUCUUCAUCCCGUACGUACCGCCAUUCCAGAAGGCUUUUCAAUUUGUGCGGCCUGCGAACACCUAUGUCGGAUUUCUCAGUGCGGAAUUACUAUUGUACUGUCUGGAGGUGCAGCUGGCGAAAGUGAUAUACAAGCGCAUUUUCCGCGGAGCGUGGCUCUAG